UGUCGUUUAUUAUGGGAAUUCAUCCAUCAACUUCUGGUAGAUAGUAAAUAUAAACAUCUUGUCUGCUGGGAAAACACUAAUGAAUUAGUUUUCCGUAUCGUAAACCCAACUGGACUUGCUGAAUUGUGGGGCCAUCAGAAAAAUAGAACUAAUAUGACGUAUGAAAAACUGUCUCGUGCCUUAAGAUACUAUUAUAAAAUGAAUAUAAUUAGAAAAGUUCCUGGGAAAAGAUUGACUUAUAAGUAA